AUGGUUAUAAACAUCUUAAAGGGCGCUCCAAUACUGAGUAGAGAACUUUACUUUUGCGGCUUGUUUGGAGUUCGUUUUUAUAUCAGUCACAGUACGUUACGUCAGACGUCACAUGUGAGAUGGGGAGACGUGCACAAUGCACAUGUGUUAGACACUAUCAUGUAUACAACAAUGCCAGAUUUACCUCCUGAAAGCAAUGCCCCCGCAUACGAAUUCCCUAAGGGUUCAUCUAUGGCUCCUGAAACCGAUGGUCCCAAUACCGAGAGCGCUACGAACACAACCGAAGCAAACGGCGUAUUUACUGAUUUACAAAACCUCUUCACACCUAAUGGAGAGAAAAAUCUAGUGAUAUAUGUAGGACAUCCUCAGGUAGUUAUUCAUUUCAAGACCUCUAAAUUUAACAUCCUAACGAUGGAAUGGAAGAUCAUGAGCACCUCUCCUUUCGAUUUCAAUCUCGGCAUGCCUUUUAACAUGGGUGGCUUCCCCAACGGAUACUUUCGCAUUCGUGCUGCUGGAACUAAACACUACUGGGCGCUGCACGGCGGCGACAGUAGCAAGGAUGGAAAUGUAAUAUGUCUGUACGAAUAUGGUGAUAGGAACCAUGCGAGACGCUUUUUUAUGAACUCACGGGGGGAAUUAUGUACCGACAGCACCCACAUUGAUGUAAUGGAUAACACUUUGAUUGCCUCCCAUGAGCGUCCUCCAACAUUUCCAUGGCCAAACCCAUGGUCCCAUAAACUGGCGACAUUUUGUUAUUCACAGGAAACUAGAAUGAUUAGCGUCAAGCUAUAUGCCGACCCAUUUAUAUCCAACCAGUGGCCACGCCUCGAUCAAGAAUGGAAGGAUAAAGAAUAUGUUAUCGCAGCAAGGCCUCCCACGGCGACGAGAACCCGCCGCGCGGACGAAAUAUCUAGAUGGACCCCGAAACCGAAUCCAAAUCGGUGGACCGACCGAACGGAUAGCUUGAAAGCGAAUGCAUGGGAUGCUGUAGGGGUCGAGGAAAAGGCUGAAAUGAUGAAGUUGGAAGACGUAAACAGGAUUAGAUGGGAGAUUGAACAAUUUCAGUGA